CUUGACCAAUCACACGCCGGAACGCCUGAGAGCCGCGCAAGAAGUGGUUAAUGCCCCGGUUUGAAAGGCGAAUCCCGUACAGAAGGGAAGCUCGGCGCAGCUGUGAGGCGCCUCUCACUGACUCUCACUGACUCUCACUGACUGACUGACUCUCACUGACUCCGGUACAGCGGGAAGCGAGGGAGACGGGCAGCGCACUCAACUCACUGUAGGGGGGGAACCGGCUUCUCUUCUCCAACACUCUCACCCCCCCUCCUCUGUGAUUGUAACCUCUCCCUGAUUAACCAGGAAUAAUGAACGGACUGCUGUGACGCGGAGUGCUACCGGCUCCGACACUAGCGCAGCGGCGGCAGGGACCGAACAGCAGCUUUCUGGAGCCGCUACCCAUCCGCUGUCCCAAUUCUUCUCUCUGUAAUCCUGUCUCUUGCAAGCCGGGGGCACCUUGUUAGAGCAGAACCCCCUCUCCAUGGCUCAGCCGGAGAUGCUUUUGAAAACCGUUUCCAGCCACCUGGCCUUUCCAUCACAGACAUCAAGAUUAAUGCUUCACAAAUGUUUGGUAGCCCAGUCUAGCUUUAUUUUGAACUGAUAUCUUCAUUUUCCUCUACAUGGCCAUUCUACUGGUUUCCGCUCUACUUCUACUGACUCCAAGUCAGGUGGCCCCUGAUGAGGAUCUUCUGCUGAAGAAUGUUUCCAUUCUGGAGGUUCUCAAGUCUGAAGUAGGAGCACUCAGCAAUACAAGUGAGCAGUAUUCAACACAAGUCCAGCCACCCGGUACAAGCCAUCAUAUACCUCAAACAAUAAUUGUAGGAGUCCGUAAGGGUGGCACCAGAGCGCUGUUGGAAAUGCUGGACAUUCAUCCCAAUAUUGUGGUAGCGGCGACGGAAGUACAUUUCUUUGACUGGGACGAGAAUUACGUUAAAGGGAUAGAAUGGUACAGAAAUCUGAUGCCAUUCUCCUACGAAAAUCAAAUUACUAUUGAAAAGACACCGGGUUACUUUACCUCUCUACACGCGCCCGAGCGGAUUCAUGAUAUGAAUAGUUCCAUUAAACUGCUUAUCAUUUUGAGAGACCCCACCGAGAGGGUUAUAUCUGAUUAUACCCAAGUGUACUAUAACAGACUGGAAAAUCGUAAAUCUGUGCAACGUUUUGAGGACAUUGUUAUUAAAAAUGGCGCACUUAAUACCAAAUAUAAAGCCAUCCAAAGGAGCUUGUAUGAUGUGCACAUGGAAAGAUGGCUGAAAUAUUUCGAUCUGAAUCAGAUUCAUAUUGUAGACGGCAACACUUUGAUAAAACAGCCGCUUAAGGAGUUACAGAAGGUGGAGAAAUUUCUUAAUCUUCCACCAAAAAUUGUAUCUUCAAACUUCUACUUCAAUCAGACCAAGGGGUUCUACUGCAUUAGAAGUGACGGUAGAGAAAGAUGUCUACAUGAGUCCAAGGGCCGCCCACAUCCUGUGGUGAACAGAACUGUUCUAGAACAGCUUUAUUCUUACUUCAGAGAACAUAAUAGAAAUUUUUAUAAAAUGGUUAAUCAGUCUUUUGACUGGCACUGAUGCAACUGUGACUUCAAGUACCCAGAAGGAAAGUAAGCUGUGACCUACACCUACAAGAUGCUUGUACAGCUAUUUUACAUAUACUUGAAGAAAUGCACUUAUUAGUCUACACAGUUUUAUGAAGUUGUUUCUUAAGUUAUAAGGCCAUAAAAUGGAAAAUCGAAUUUGAUAUUAUUUGCACAAUUAUUCGAUUUGAAACUAUUUGUAAAGAAUAAAAAAAAAAAAAGGGAAAAAAUGCCACAAAAUAAGUUAGCCAAUCAGCAAGUACUUAUCCUAUCAUGCCACCAGGUAUUCUGAUGGGUCCAGUUGACCAUUUUGUUAUUCCCAUUAAUAACAUCAGUAAAAUAAGAUGAAUCUAAUGAAACCAAGUGUUACUUGUGUUGGUCUUAUUAGUAAAUCUUAUUAACCUCCAAGUUAAAUGGAUAUUAUAUUGGAGAAUGCAGAUUGUAGAAAUGUGUAGAUUCUAGCAGAACCAUCUAAUAUUGCUGAACACUGGGUUUGGAACUGAUGCCCAGAAACCUUUUACAAUAUUAUUCAGACAUUUGUUAUUAUUCAACAAAAGGAAUGUAAGCCACCAGUGUCUUAUUUAUACUAACUUGAAUUCCCCCAUCUUCUAUGAAGGUGUUUCUAAUUACAGUUUUAGUCUGCCAUUUAGCUGCCAUUGUUGUAGGUUAGAUGCAAACAUUCCUUUAUUAUUUCCUAUAGUUGUGUUUUUGCAUUAUUCUGCUUACAAUAAGUGGGCAUGGCUUAGAGGUCCAUGACCAGCCAAGCUAGCCUGUAAUUGUAACUCUCUAUAGUACAAAAAACCUGGAUAUUGUCAUCAUAAAAAGAGCAUAUGAAAUGUUAAAACUUGAAAGUAUCCUAAGGCAACCAACCCUCUGAAGCCCCCCAAAAGUAUCUUGGGUUCAGAAAAUGACCCCUGUGGCUGUAUUAAUGUUCCCAAUAUGAAUAAUACUUGCUGUCUUUAUCUUCACUGAGGAAACAUUUUUUGACAGAUAUUGAACCUCGCUGGCUCUAAAUUAGUUGAUCUUUUUGUAGAACAGCAUAAUCCUCUUUAAAGGAGAAGGAAAGUCGUUUUGGCAUUUUACUGCCAAUAGAGUAAAGACCCCUAGAAGCUUUCUCUG